CUCCCAGAAUCUCCUCGAGCGGCGUCAGUCUUCGUGGGCAUCCGCCUCAUCCGUUCCAUUAGCGGGUGCCGAGUGAAACGGGAAGUCCUGGUAGUGUUGAAAAUGGAAGUUUGGCAUCUGAUCCUGUUUAUCGCGUGCAACGAAAUGCUUUCGGAAGGGAGCAAAGAAGAAAUCCGACUCCGAAAGGCCCUCUUCACCGACUACCCGAUGGUGCGACCCAUCGACGACUCCAACCGGCCUCUCGUGGUCCACGUCCGACUCGGCCUCUUCCAAAUCAUCGACUUGGACGAGAAGAACCGCGUGCUCAGCACCAACGCGGAGGUCAUCGAACUGUGGAAUGAUACCUAUCUGCAUUGGAAGCCGGAAGAGUUUGGGGGGAUCCGGAAGAUCGUCAUCCCUUAUAACUCCAUAUGGAUCCCAGAUAUAAUCCUCUACAACAGUGUGUCGACGAACUGCGGGGAUCGGCAGCUGCGGACGAACGCGAUCGUGAGCUACAAGGGCGAGGUGACUCUCCUCACGUCUGCUAUCUUUUGCUCCUUCUGCAACGUUGACGUCCAGUUCUACCCGUUCGACGUCCAGACCUGCAAGUUGAGGUUCAUGUCCUUGACGCACGACCACACCCAGAUCCGGCUGCAGAUUGACCACGACCAGAAAAUUGACCUUUUGUCGUAUGCGGAGAACGAGGAGUUCAGCCUAACCUCCUACGUGGCGGAGGAAAAGGCGGAAAUGGACCCCUGUUGCGAGAACUACUUCUCAGUCAUCGCUUAUUCCAUGCGGCUCCGGCGCCGACCCGGGUUCUUCCUUCUCAACUACUUUCUCCCCAUGAUCAUCAUCAACGUCAUGGCCCUGCUGUCCUUCCUGAUGCCUUGCGAGAGCGGGGAGAAGGUGACUCUGGGGAUCUCCGCCAUGCUCAACAUGGUCAUCAUCCUCAUGGGCCUCCGGGAUGUCCUCCCGCCCACAGAGAACACGCCACUCAUCGUGGAGGUGGUACUCAACAUCUUCACCUCGUACUUGUAUCACCUGAGUGACGUCCGGCCACUCCCCAAGGCGCUGCAGUGCUUGUGCCGCAUCCUGGCUCGCCUGACCUGCAUGGCAGAGCCCCACUUCGCCCCCUCUCCAUUAACACAGGCUGGGGCGAAAAUGGAUGGGAAUGAAAGGAAUGGAGUAGACUUGCGACGACAUUCCCAGAAUACUGCGACUGAAUCUCUUCGGAUGGAGUCUGUUAAAGAGGCGGACGUGAAAAUGAAUCGACUCCUGUCCCUUAUGGAAUCCCAGGAGAAGCGGAAGUGGGAGAAGGUGAAGAUAAAGAAAGCAGGUGGAAGAGAGGGAGAAGGAUACGUCACGGAUUUGCAAAACUGGCGGACGGUCUCAUGGAUCCUGGAUCGAUUCUUCCUUAAUCUGUUCUUCUUCCUCAAUGUCGGCUUCUCUGUUGGCAUUCUUUUCUCCUCUUCUCAGAACUGA